GGCGGGGGGUGGGGGGGUCGGGAGGAGAGGAAAUCCUCGGGGAGGUUCCUCCCCGAACGGCGGCAGCCUGGCAGACCCCGAGAGCUGCCCGCGGUGGGGAGGGGAUAGCGGGGCGGACCCGGAGGACAUGGAGGGCGAGGAGGCCCCGUCAUGGCGGGGUCCCGGCGGGGCCGUGCGGGAGCUCUGCCGCUCCUUCGGCCACUACAACCGGCACCUGGCGCGGCUGCAGCACAACCUGCGAGAGACCAAGAGGUUCUUCCGCGACGUCAAGUUCUCCCAGGGACAUCCCUUCGCCUCGGCCCUUGCCGGUGACGGCCCCCGCUCCGCCUGGGAUGGGGAUGGGGGUCCCGGGGACGGCGGCCCCAGCCCCGUCUCGUUCCCGCGGCACGAGGAGGAGCAGCUGCAGCGCUCGGUGAGCUGGAGGCCCUGCCUGCUGAUCCUGGGCCAGAACUGCCGCGCCAAGGGCCGCCUGCUCAACACGCUGCUGGGCCAGGAGCUGCUGCCCAGCCCUGGGACUGGCACCCAGGAGCUGCUGCCCAGCCCCGGGACUGGCACCCAGGAGCUGCUGCCCAGCCCUGGGACUGGCACCAAGGAACUGCUGCCCAGCCCUAGGACUGGCACUGCCACCAAGGAACUGCUGCCCAGCCCCAGGACUGGCACAGACACCGAGGAACUGCUGCCCACCACCGGGGCUGGCACUGCCACCCAGGAGCUGCUGCCCAGCCCCGGGACUGGCACCCAGGAGCUGCUGCCCACCCCUAGGACUGGCACCAAGGAGCUGCUACCCAAGGCUGGCUCUGAGGAACUGCUGCCCAAGCCUGGCAACCAGGAAUUGCUGCCCAGGGCUGACACUUCCACCAAGGAGCUGCUGCUUGCCACUGAGGCUGGCACUGCCACCGAGGAGCUGCUGCCUGGGGCUGGCACUAUAGAGCUGCUGCCCACCCCCAGGGCUGGCACCAAUGAGCUGCUUACCACCCCUGGCACUGACACUGAGGAGCUGCUGCCCACCCCCGGGGCUGGCACGGGCACAGAGGAGCUGCUGCCCAGUGCUGGGACUGUCACCAAGGAGCUGCUGCCCACCCCUGGCACUGUCACCAAGGAGCUGCUGCCCACCCCCGGGGCUGGCACCGAGGAGCGCUGCCGGCGCCGCCGGGUGCGCUUCACACACGGGGCACGGCCGCGGCUGAGCCUGGCACUGCCCGGGCAGUACGAGCUGGUGCAGGCACUGGUGGCACACAGCGGGCACUGGGACACCAUCCCUGAGCAGGACCUGCAGGUGCCCAGGGACGCCGAGGAUCCCGCACAGAGGGUGGCAGAGCUGGAAGUGGUGCUGCCCUGCGCGCUGCUCAAGGAAGUGGACAUUGUGGUGGCUCCAUGCCGAGGCUUCCAGUCAGCUGAGGCCACCCUGGCCGAGUUUGUCAACCAGGUGCUGCCCGUUGUCACCUUCGCCAUCAGCGAGCCCCAGCUGUCCCCAUCAGACCAGGCAGAACUUCGUGAAAUCAAAGAAAAAUUCUCCCUCCCCAUCUUCUUCCUGCGAAUCCCCGAGGCCGGCAGCGAGCUGAGCUCUCCCAAAAACCCCCCCAAGGACAAAUCCCCUCUGCACCUACAGCUGCUGGAUCUGGAAUACCUGAGCCCCUCCAGCCCCUGCGGCUGCGGCGUUCCCGGCUCCUCCAUGCUGGUGGAGCAGCUGGAGAAGCUGCGGCUGCUGAGCUCCUUCUCCAGGCAGGUGCUGCAGCAGCACCUGGUGGAGGCAGCCACGAGGCUGAGCGAGGUUCACGGGCGCUGCCUCAACAUCUUCAUCAACCAAGCCUUCGACAUGCAGAGGGACCUGCAGAUCACCCCAAAAAGGUUGGAGUACACGCGCAGGAAGGAGAACGAGCUCUACGAGUCGCUGAUGGGCAUCGCCAACCGCAAGCAGGAGGAGAUGAAGGAGAUGAUCGUGGACACCCUGGGCAGUAUGAAGGAGGAGCUGCUGGAGGAUGCUGCCAGCAUGGAGUUCAGAGACAUCAUCAUUCCCGAGAGCGGCGAGCCCGUCAGCUCCAAGGACAUCAAGCGCUGCAUCCAGCAGAUCCAGGAGCUGAUCAUCUCCAGGCUGAACCAGGCUGUGGCCAACAAACUGAUCAGCUCCGUGGAUUACCUGAGGGAGAGCUUCGUGGGCACCCUGGAGCGCUGCCUCAAGAGCCUGGAGGAGUCCUGGGAGGGCUCCGUGCACAUCACCAGCAACUAUCUCAAACAGAUCCUGAACGCCGCCUAUCACGUGGAGGUCACGUUCCACUCGGGCUCAACGGUGACCAGGAUGCUGUGGGAGCAGAUCAAACAGAUAAUCCAGCGGAUCACGUGGGUCAGCCCCCCGGCCAUCACCAGCGACUGGAAGAGGAAGGUGGCCCAGGAUGCCAUCGAGAGCCUCAGCGCCUCCAAGCUGGCCAAGAGCAUCUGCAGCCAGUUCCGCACGCGCCUCAACAGCUCCCACGAGGCCUUCGCCGCCUCCCUGCGCCAGCUGGAGGACGGCCACUCGGGCCGGCUGGAGCGCACCGAGGACCUGUGGCUGAGGGUGAGGAAGGAGCACGCGCCCCGGCUGGCCCGGCUCUCCCUGGAGAGCAGAUCCCUGCAGGACGUGCUGCUGCAUGGGAAGCCCAAGCUGGGCAGGGAGCUGGGCCGAGGCCAGUACGGGGUGGUGUACCUGUGUGACAGCUGGGGGGGACACUUCCCCUGCGCCCUCAAAUCCGUCGUGCCUCCGGAUGAGAAGCACUGGAACGACCUGGCACUGGAAUUCCACUACAUGAGGUCCCUGCAGUCCCACGAGAGGCUGGUGCACCUGCACGGCUCCGUUAUUGAUUAUGGCUAUGGAGGAGGCUCCAGCAUUGCUGUGCUGCUGAUCAUGGAGAGGCUGCACAGGGACCUCUACACGGGGCUGAAGGCUGGGCUGGAAUUGGAGCCACGGUUGCAGAUUGCCUUGGAUGUGGUGGAGGGGAUCCGGUACCUGCACAGCCAGGGCUUGGUGCACAGGGACAUCAAACUCAAAAACGUCCUGCUGGACAAAAAGAACAGGGCCAAGAUCACAGAUUUGGGGUUCUGCAAACCCGAGGCGAUGAUGUCUGGCAGCAUCGUGGGCACCCCCAUCCACAUGGCUCCCGAGCUCUUCACAGGGAAAUACGACAAUUCCGUGGAUGUUUAUGCCUUUGGGAUCCUGUUCUGGUACCUCUGCUCGGGCCAUGUGAAGUUACCUGAGGCUUUUGAGAGGUGUGCCAGCAAAGAUCACCUGUGGAACAACGUCAGGAGAGGGGUGCGUCCGGAGCGGCUGCCGGUGUUUGACGAGGAAUGCUGGCAGCUGAUGGAAGCCUGCUGGGACGGGGACUCCUCCCAGCGGCCUCUGCUGGGAAUCGUGCAGCCCAUGCUCCAGGGAAUCAUGGACAGGCUCUGCCGGGCCCCCUCCGAGCAUCCCCACAAAGGCCUGGAUGACUCCACCUGAGCGGGAGCUGCGGCAGGAUCCCGGGAAUUGAGGCGGGAUUUGGGGAAUUGCAGCCCCGCCCCUGCCGGGGGGCUGCGAGCCAGCCCCGAGGGGGGACAGGGAGGGGCUCGGGGGAGGGGGGAGGACAGCUCCAUCCCAAUCCCACCCUGUGGAAUUGUGGGGGACAGGGGGUGACAGCUCCAUCCCAAUCCCACCCUGUGGAAUUGUUUGGGACAGGGGGUGACAGCUCCAUCCCAAUCCCACCCUAUGGAAUUGUUUGGGACAGGGAGGGGCUCAGAGGGGUGACAGCUCCAUCCCAAUCCCACCCUGUGGAAUUGUGGGGGACAGGGGGUGACAGCUCCAUCCCAAUCCCACCCUAUGGAAUUGUGGGGGACAGGGAGGUGACAGUUCCAUCCCAGUCCCACCCUGGUAUCCCUGUGGAAUUGUUUGGGACAGGGAGGUGAGAGCUCCAUCCCAAUCCCACCCUAUGGAAUUGUUUGGGAUGGGGGGAUGACAGUUCCAUCCCAAUCCCACCCUAUGGAAUUGUUUGGGACAGGGAGGUGACAGUUCCAUCCCAAUCCCACCCUGGUAUCCCUGUGGAAUUGUUUGGGACAGGGAGGUGACAGCUCCAUCCCAAUCCCACCCUAUGGAAUUGUUUGGGAUGGGAGGUGACAGUUCCAUCCCAAUCCCACCCUGCUCUCCCCAUGGAAUUGAGGGAUGGAAAACCCAAACCUUUCCUGCUUUGCCAAUCCCACCCCAAGCCUUGGGAGGGAUCCAUGGGAUGGGAAAAUCCCUUCCCAAAACCCCAGGAGAACCAUCCUGCUCCUCCCUCUGCCUUUGGCAGCAAUUCCAGAGCGCUGGGAGAGGAAGGAAAAGGCACCAAACUUUAGGAUGAGGAAGUUGGGAAGCUCCAAGGAGCUGGAAAUGUUUACAUGGACAGGAGCAAAGCUUCCAUUUAUUUUUCUAUGGGGACUUGGAAAACCCCACCUGGAUAAGCUAUUGAUCCCUAAUCCCACCUUUUCCUCCUCUUUUUUCCCCUCUCCUUUGCUUCCUUCAAUUUCUUGGAAUGGCUGGAGAAACCUUCCCUCGCUUCCACCCCGCUUUCCUCAGAGGUUCUGCUCUCCAGCAGCACAAAAAGUCCUUAAAAUUCCAGAUUUUUCCAUGGGGAAAAGUGCCAAAAUUCCUUUAAAAUCGGGAUUUGGGGCUUGGAAUUCAUGGGAUUGUCGUGGCAAGUUUUAAACUGGGCUGAGUGUGCGCAGGAAUAUUUAAAAAUGAGGAUUUUUCCAGCUUUUUUUUUGGGUUUUUUUUCCAAGUUGGAUGGGAAGAAAGAUCCUUCCUUCUUCCCCUCACUUUCACUCCAGGGCUGGAAUUUGGUUGGAAAGAAUAAAAAAAAAUGGGGAUAGGGAAAAGGGGGAUCUUGGGCAAGGAUGUCUUUCCCAAAUUCCUGGAAAUCCCAGUUGGCUUCCUGCACUUUGGGGGUGGAAUUGGGCUGGUCUGGAGCAGGAAAGGCCCCGUGGUGGAACUGAGGAGUUGGGAAUUCUCCCUGGGCUUCCCAGGGAAGGUGGAAUUCCUUGGCUGGAAUUCCAAGGAUGGCUUCAGUGGGAAUCUUUUCCUUUCUUUGUG